UGUCCUGAUGGUUGACAUUGUGAGCUUUCUUCAUGGGAGUCAGAUGAGUUUGCCUUGAAUAUUCGUGCUGGUUUCAUAUAAGGGAAGACAGACAGAGGAAGGAAGUGCAAAGAGCUCAGACUAUCUGCUUCCUGAAUUCAGCUUGGCUUAUUAAAUUACAUCACAAACAUCAUAUUUCACUCAGUUAUAAACCUUUCAUGCAAGUGAUCACAUACUGUACGUGCUUUACAAAUGAAUUAAUGUUAGGGCACACUGACUGAUCUUGCAGUAUAUCUUUGUUGUGUGUGUGCAUCUGUGUCUGUGUGUUUGUAACACUUGUUUGUGUGACCGCAACACUUUUCGCACGCUCAUCUAUACUUCCUGUUCUCACAUCAGGAAGCUGCCAGUUGCUCGGACAACUAAACUAUCUUCAUCCCAUUCUUGGUCUUUCUUUGUUUAUAUUCUAAUCUUUGUCUGUUGUUUUUGUACCAGUGGAUUAUGGAAGGUUCAUCUUUUGGCUGCGCAUGAAUGAAAUGGGACCGGAGCUGUCUAGUUAUAAUGAAGAUUGCAUAAUUGUUCUUUGUUUGUUCCUGUGUCAGUACCCCCUAAGCCUUUGCACCUGCUGCCGAGGGUCACGUCCUCCAGCACCCUGUUGCCCACUGUCUAGCCCUCCAUCACGACUCAGAAGCCCAUCAGGACCAAAAGUGAGUGCUUUACGGCUGAUUGAUAACUUCCACAAAUCCAGGUCUCCAGCAAAGGAAGAACCUCCAGUGGUGUGACAUCAUGGAGUCUUCCGCAGGUCAACCUCAUACCAGCGAUCAACAUCAGGUCACAGAGUCAGCAACAAUAAUGGAUUCUGGGGAGCUAUGCUCUGUGGAUGGGCCUGCAUUUAAACCCUCAGAAAUCUCAGAAUGUUUGCAGCUGUGCAGAUUGGACGAUGAAGAAAUGAAAGAUAAGGUUCAAAAAGUGCAUAAAAAACAUUCUGAUAGUGGUCUGAAGAUUAGACAAAGUGACUUGGAUGGUGACCAAAAUGACGGGAGCAGUAACCUUAGAGAUACGAGUCAGGAGGAGCCUUUACCAGAGGGGCCCUGUAAUUCUCAGGAGCAAGAAGGGACGGAACUGAAUGGAAAGAUACCAAAUCGUGACAGUGGUAUUGAUAGCCCCUCUUGUGGAGCAGAGGGAGAGGUAUUUCCAAAUGAGGACCCUAUUGAGGAGGAGGACAGGAAUGAUAGCAUCCCCACGGAAACAGAGAGUUUGUCAUGCGUCACUGUUAGCAACAAAUAUGACUCAUCGCAGGAUGAAGAUAGUGACUUGGAUGAGGGGAGCUGUGAAGAUCCAGAAAGCCUGGAACUCAAAAGUUUGCCAUCUCAGUCACAAUUGUUGAACAUUGCUAAAGAGUUGCUUCAAACAGAAGAAGCUUAUGUCAAAAGACUCAACCUUCUAGACCAGGUGUUCUGUGCCCGUCUCACAGAGGUGGGCAUUCCCACUGAUGUCAUCACUGGAAUCUUUUCCAACAUUUCCUGCAUCUACCGAUUUCACCACCAGUUUUUACUGCCUGAACUACACACACGCAUCACAAAGGAGUGGAGCCGUAAUCCACGUAUAGGAGACAUCUUGCAGAAAUUAGCCCCCUUUCUGAAGAUGUAUGGCGAGUAUGUGAAGAACUUUGAUCGUGCCAUGGAGCUGGUCAGCACAUGGAUGCAGCGCUCCGCUAAUUUUAAAACUACUGUGCAAAAUAUCCAGAAACAGGAUGUGUGUGGGAACUUGACAUUGCAGCAUCAUAUGUUGGAACCAGUGCAGCGUAUUCCACGUUAUGAGCUUCUACUGAAAGAUUACUUGAAGAAACUUCCCAAUGGAGCUCCAGACAGGAAAAAUGCUGAGAGUGCUCUAGAGUUGAUCUCCACUGCAGCAAACCACUCCAACGCUGCUAUCAGGAAAAUGGAGAAGAUGCACAAGCUGAUGGAGGUGUAUGAGAGGUUGGGUGGAGAAGAUGACAUUGUUAAUCCAGCUAAUGAACUCAUUAAGGAAGGAAUCUUGAAGAAGAUGUCGGCGAAGAAUGGCACUGCUCAGGACCGAUAUCUUUAUGUGUUCAACAAUAUGGUGCUUUAUUGUGUUCCCAAGCUGAGGCUAAUGGGACAAAAGUUUAGUGUCAGAGAACGUAUUGACAUCGCAGGGAUGGAGGUUCAGGCUAAUGCCAAGCAGAACAUUCCUCACACUUUCACCAUUAUCGGCAAACAUCGUUCUUUGGAACUGCAGGCCAGGACGGCUGAGGAGAAAGAGGAGUGGAUAAAAGUGAUCUUGGCUACGAUUGAGAAGCACAAGCAGAACAGUGAGACUUUUAAAGCUUUCAAUAGUUCUAUCAGCCGUGAUGAAGAGCACAUGUCUGAAACACAGGGCUCAUUGAGCAAUACAAGCACAUGCGAGACAGACGGUGCACAGCACGAGAGGAAGAGUUCAAAGAAAAGAGAAAAGGAGAGAGAAACAUGCAAAGGCUGUAAUGAAACCUUCCAUUUUACCAAACGCAAACACCACUGCAAGAGCUGCAAUGCGGCCAUCUGUGGAAGGUGUUCAAAGGUGUCAGAGAGCAGGAAUAUACGUAUGUGUAAACAGUGUUCUGAAACUCUGCAUGCAACUGAAGGAACAGCAGGAGGUGUCACUGAGCCCAAGAAAAAAAUUGAGAAACAACUAUCGGUUGCGCAGUCCUCUCCACACCCAGGAAAAGGUGAAGAGUUGGAUCAAGAACAGGACUGCCAUCAUUAAAGAAUAACUUUUGUUUCUUUAUUGAAAACCAGCAAACAGGAACCUACCUGGUUAUGAUCACAUCAUUGACAUCAUCAGAAAACGAGACAAGUCAUUGGCUUGACCGAUUUAUGACCCACGAGACAAAAGACGGAUUUAAGGAAUCUAUCAUCUAUAAUUAUAAAGGAUUUUUAGCCAGUUUGAAUGAUACAUCAUGAUACAAACCUCUUUCCCUUGUCUCUGACCCCCACCUUUUUAUUAAGAAUGUUUAUUACUUGAAGAUUACGCACUUUUGUUCUUUUAAUUUGAAAAAUACAUUUUCUCCACAUUAUCACAGCUCUUUUCGCAUUAGCACAGAGUGAUCGUUUCCUUGACGGAGUUUCAUGUAAGAAAAGUUUGAACUAUACUGGAUGAAGAUAUUGUGAAUGUUCAUGAAAUACAAUUGUUUAUUGUUUAUUAUUGUAAUUUGUUCCCUUUUCAAUGUUAUUUGAGUUUAUUACUUAAAGCAUUAACUCGUUGUUCUUUUGUUGAGAUGCACAGUCAGUUCAAUCCAGAGUCCAAUUUUACCUCCUUUUAUAAAGACAAAAUCCAAAACUAAGGCAGAAGAAUAAAGACAUUAUGCACCUAAAAUGAAAGUAUUCAUCUCAAAUUCAAAUUUCAUAUUUCAUAUUAUCUUAAUGAUCUCAAUUAUUAUCUCUCAUAAGAUUAUAUCAAUUAUAAAAUAUAUUUUAGUUAAAAGGCAUAAUACACUGUAGCAAAUUUGCAUGGCGAGAAAGCAAUUCAAAUUCCGUUACCUUUUCAUAAACUGGACCAGUAUUGCAGACAGAUGCUUGUUUUAACAUAUACAGUAUUAUUAAAAAUCCCAGUUUAGGAAACACUGCUACAUUAUUUUUGUAAAUGUUAUAUAGAAUUCUAGUAAUAAGAAUAUAAUGUGAAGAAAAACAGCACUUAGAAUAAUGAAAAUAAAUGUGUGUCAAAAGUGAGUCAUAAUGCACAGUACUAUCAUUGCAUUUACCCAAAAGGAUUUUCAUUAAAUGAGUAAAUAUUGAUAGAAUUUGCUUUGCUUUCUCAUUGUACCAUGGUUUGAAAUGGAGGUCUCAUCGUGGUGUUUCAAAAUUUUCAUAAAAAAAGAUUUAAGGAUGUUCUCUACAGGUAUGUGAAAAGGACUUACCUGGAUGGUUUGGGGAAACACUUGAAUCGUUAAACUAUGCCGGUACACCGGAACUUGUGGCAUAUUUGCUAUGCUUUUGGGAAACGCACCCCAGAUUGUUAAUAACGACAUUACACGCAUCUACACAAAACUGUUUACUGCCAAUAAGGAUACUAUCGUUAUGAAUUCAUCUGCUCUUGUUUUCUUUACAAAUGGUAGUAGUCCUGUAUUCUUUGGUAACAGAAAUUUGUUUGGCCAUCAUCUCCAGCUUGUAACACUGUUCAAGUAUAUUUUCCACGAAAGUUGCAAGUGACUGAAGCAUUCACUAGAUCCAACUCUACUUUUUAAAGAAUGGUACUCAUUUUCUGGAAGAUUUGCAGGAUCUUGUUCAAUAAUAUGCAUAAAAAUGCAGUGUCAAGGAGAGAUUGGGCUUACUUUCGAGUAGUAGGGGUUUUGACUGUCAUCUGGUGACAAGUUAAGCAAGACAUCCAUUAACCCCUCCUUUUCGGAGUGUCUAUUUACAAUGAGUACAAAUAGCCCCCAGUGUUUGCAGAGACUAUUUGCACUAGCUCCGCCCACCAAUAUGUGAUUAGAACAGAACAAGUGUAAAAAGGAUGCCAUUUCAAACAGUGACUCCAGUGGUGUAAGGUGUAAAGUCUGUAUUGAUUGGCACAGAAGACCAGGGUUCUUAUCCACCUCUAGCUGAAAACGCUCUCUUACCUUUUUCUGUUACCUUGCAGAUCAUAAAGGAAUUUGUUAUCAAUAAUAUUAAUUUAAGACUUAAAAUUUAUUUUUAUUCAUCAAUUUUAGCUUUAUGUUAGGGGUAGGGCUUUAAUAUCUCAAUAAAUUGCCAUCAUUUUAAUAAUUUUUAUAAACAUGACAAUUUACACUCAGUUAUUGCACAAUCUUUCAUGCACAACAAUAAUAAGGUGCAAAUAGUAAUGUUAUCUGCCACUAUUUAAAUGUAAAUAGUAUCUAAUUACGGUUUCUACUUAAUCCAAAGGAAAUAGGACUUAUAGCUCGGUUAGAUUAAAUAGUAUAUCGCCAAGAAAUGCUGCUUUUUUCACAUAGUUUAAACAGAACUACUAUUUAAACUUGGUGUGAAUAGCAUCUAUUGCCGGUGCCUAACUUUUUUCCUGUCCGUGCAGUUAGUAUUAUCAAGAUUCAUCUAAUUUAGAACACCAUGAAACAGUGAAUCUCCCGUGGGACUAAAUACCGGUAGACAUUUUAGAAAGUGUUUGAAUACUUCCCCUUCUGUAGAAACAUAACCUUCCACAAAUGUGACUCAAUCUACAUGUGCCGAGUCCUGUGGAAAAAGAUGAAGAGGUCUGUACUUGUAGAAUUGUAUCAGCUUGUACUCUCUCCCCUCUGUCUCAUAUGGUGUUAGAUAGAUCAGAUGUAGUUCCUCAUCCCUUUUUUAUUUUGUACAUGUUCUGCAAGAAAAGGGUCAAACUUGCUCAGAAUUUCAAGAAUCGCUUUAUAAUUGCCAUUGAAGCGGAAUGCAAGGCCGCUUUUUCACAACCAUCCUGUGGUGAGGAAGGCGGGACGGGAGCCGGGAGGCGGGGCCGGUGGCGUGAGUGAUAGUUGGAAUCGGCUGUGGGCACACCGGUCUCGCAUAUCUCAUGGAAGAAAUCAGGAGCAUAAGAGGACGAGCGACGGGACUGCUGACUAGAGAGGACUGGGGCAGGACAUGUGUUUUACGUUUGUAUUUAUGUUCUUGUGGACGGCAUUUUACUUCCGUGUUAUUGUUUGUUUAUUUUGAUUAAACUUUAUUUAAAUGUU